GUGACUUCUCUUGCAGGAGGGCACCAGGGCAGGACUCUAGGAAGGACCGCGUGCUCCAGGUUCACAAUGGAUCGGCUCUGGAUCUUCUUCCUCCAUCCCGUGUCGUUUCAUCAAGGGGCUGCUUUCCCUUUUGCACUUCUGUUUAAUCAUCUCCGCACCGUGGAUUCCUUUCCCCCCCGGGCCAGGUACCUCUUCCUCCUGGCUGGAGGAGGUGUCCUGGCCUUGGCGGCCAUGGGUCCCUAUGCUUUGCUCGUCUUCAUCCCUGCCCUCUGCGCCGUGGCUCUGGUCUGCUCACUCAGCCCACGGGAAGUCCACAGGCUGACCUUCGGCUCUCAGAUGGGCUGGCAGACCCUGUGCCACCUGGGUCUUCACUACACCGAGUACUACCUACAAGAGUCUCCGCCUGUGGGAUUCUACGUCGCUCUUUCUUCCCUCAUGCUCUUGACGCAGAGAGUCACGUCGCUCUCACUGGAUAUUCGUGAGGGGAAGGUGGAGGCAGCCUCGGGCGGCACGGGGAACAGAAGCUCUUUGUCUGAGUGCCUAAGCAAGGCUUUGCCCUACUUCAGCUACUUGCUCUUUUUCCCUGCCCUCCUGGGAGGCCCCCUGUGUUCCUUUCAGAGGUUUCAGGCUUGCGUGGAAAGAUCAAGCCCUUUGCAGCCCGGUCUCUCUUUGCGGGCUCUGACCUGGAGGGGUCUGCAGAUCAUCGGGCUGCAGUGGCUCAAGGUGGCGCUGAGGAGGGUGGUGAGCGCAGGGGCCGGGCUGGACGACUGCCAGCAGCUGGAGUGCGUCUAUGUCAUGUGGUCCACAGCUGGGCUCUUCAAACUCACCUACUACUCGCACUGGAUCCUGGACGACUCUCUCCUCCAUGCGGCGGGCUUUGGGUCUGAGGCUGGCCAGAGGUCUGGGGAGGAGGAGGGAUACAUCCCCGACGGGGACAUAUGGACUCUGGAAACUACCCACAGAAUCUCCUUGUUCGCGAGGCAGUGGAACCGGAGCACGGCUCGGUGGCUCAGACGGCUCAUCUUCCAGAACAGCCAGCGCUGGCCGGUGCUGCAGACUUUUGCCUUCUCUGCCUGGUGGCACGGGCUCCACCCGGGACAAGUGUUCGGUUUCCUAUGCUGGUCUGUGAUGGUGGAAGCCGAUUAUCUGAUUCACACUUUUGCCAGUGUAUGGAUCAGCUCCUGGUCCCUGCGGCUGCUCUAUAGAGCCCUCACUUGGGUCCAUACCCAGCUCAUCAUCGCCUACAUAAUGCUGGCCGUGGAGGGCCGGAGCUUUGCCUCUCUCAGCCGGCUGUGUUGUUCUUACAACAGUAUCUUCCCCGGGGUGUACUGUAUUUUGCUUUUGCUGUUAGUGAAGAGAAAACAGAAACGUAACUGAAAUCUUUCCUCUGCCUUCUAUUUCAU